AUGGCCGAGCAAAAAGGAGAAGUCUCCUUGAUCGACCCGUCGCAGCUGUUGCGUCCGGAGCCGGUGUUCAACGACAAGCCAAUAGAGGCGUUCCGUGACUACACCGUGGAUGACAGCGACCCUGUCAGGGAGCGCGUACGCAAGACCUAUUAUGACAUGCACACUAAUGUCACCGUCGAACUUGUUAAACAGAAGAGAGAAAAAUGGUUAAAAUUCAACACGUUCAAGAGUACGAUCAAGGAUGCACUCAUCAAGUUGAACGAGCUGGUGGAUGAGUCGGACCCUGACACCGACCUGCCAAACAUUGUGCACGCCUUCCAAACCGCUGAGAGGAUCCGCGUGGACCACCCUGAUGAUGACUGGUUCCAUCUUACUGGACUCAUCCAUGAUUUGGGCAAGGUGAUGGCAUUCUACGGCGAGCCUCAGUGGUGUGUGGUGGGAGACACAUUCCCCGUGGGCUGCAAGUGGGCCAAGUCCAUCGUGUAUGGACCUGAGAGCUUCAAGGACAACCCUGACACCUACAACCCUAAGUACAACACUGAAUACGGCAUGUACGAGCCACACUGCGGACUGGACAACCUGCUGAUAUCCUGGAGCCACGACGAGUACAUGUACCAGUUCCUUAAACAUAACAAGAGCAAGAUCCCAGAGAAGGGACUGUACAUGAUCAGAUAUCACUCCCUGUACCCGUGGCACGCGGGCGGCGACUACCGCCACCUUACCAACGAGAAGGAUGAACAGAUCCUGCAAUGGGUGCUGGAGUUCAACAAAUAUGACCUUUAUACCAAGAGCACUAAGGUCCCUGACAUCGAGGCUCUGUGGCCCUACUACGAGAAGCUGAUCGACAAGUACAUCCCAGGAGUUUGCGAGUGGUAG